AUGAAAGGGAUCAAGCAGGACGCCUGGAAUUUGGGAAAGGUGAUGCAAGCGGAUGCAGUAAAGGCCGAACCCUUUCCCAAAGUAAUCAUCAGUGAGGCUGACCGGGGGGAGGUCAAAUCCCUGCACAAUGAUCCCAUGCUAUUCAUUAUGAAGAUAGCCAAUUUGAAGGUUGGACGAAUAUUGAUUGAUACAGGUAGCUCGGCUGACAUCAUCAGCUUGGCCGCCUUGAAGAAUCUAAGCUUUCCAGAGGAUGCUCUUCAGGACAUCACUCACCCGUUGGUAGGAUUUAGGGGGAAUAUUAUCCACCCAGUUGGGCGGAUAGACCUACCCGUCCGCUUUGGAAAAAAAGGGCAAGGAAGAGAUAUGGUUGUCCGCUUCCUGGUUGUAAAAGAGUUGACUGGAUAUAAUGUUAUACUUGGCCGUCCUACACUGAAUGCAGCCAAAGCAGUCAUUGUACCUUAUCUAAUGCUGCUAAAGUUCGAGAGGACGGACGGAAAAGUUGGGACAAUCUAA